AGGAAUUUAAGCGGUGCGCAUGUCUUGAUUGCAUGCACAUUCUAAGAUUGGAGUGGUCCUUAAAACAACCAUAAACAAGGUACUCAAAGUUGAGUAAGUCAUUCGCCGCUAAGUUUUAUUCAACGAAUGUUUUAAACGGCAGUGAAAGUUUGUGACUGAAAUUAUAAACAUGGCAGAAAUAACGGGACUUCGUGCGAUAUUAGAACGAAACGGUCAAUCACACCUUCUUCAAUUCUGGAAUAAACUUCGCGAUGAAGAACAAGUUGAAUUUUUGGAACAACUUAACACAAUAAAUUUUGGUGAAGUGAAUCAACUUUUUAAAAAUGCAAUGCUCUCCCUUAAUGAUCAAGGAACAAAGUUGGACAGUAAAAUGAAACCAGUGCCAGCCCAUACAUUUGAAUCCGAAGAAGGAAUUAAUUCAGAUAUUUUAGCGCAAUACAAAAAAAUUGGUCUAGAAGAAAUCGCAAGUGGUCAUGUAGCAGUGCUUCUUAUGGCGGGAGGUCAAGGGACGCGGCUCGGUGUCAACUAUCCAAAAGGCAUGUAUUCAGUAGGGCUACCAUCCAACAAAACCUUAUUUCAAAUUCAAGCCGAAAGAAUAAGGAAAGUAAUUAGUCUUGCAAAACAACAAACAGGACAUUCUGGAAAAAUAGUGUGGUAUAUCAUGACAAGCGGCCCAACAGACGAAACAACAGCAAAAUUUUUAAGAAAACAUGACUAUUUUGGACUAGAUAAUAAAGACGUUGUGCUUUUUAAACAAGGUUUGUUACCGUGUUUUGACUUUAACGGUAAGAUUUUCCUAGAAAGUAAUGGAUCUGUAGCUCUUGCUCCGGAUGGCAAUGGGGGAAUUUACAGAGCUCUUCAGAAAAAUGGUAUCCUAGAUGAUAUGAAGAGACGAGGCAUCAAGUAUCUUCAUGCUCACAGUGUAGACAAUAUUUUGGUUAAAGUAGCGGAUCCUGUGUUCAUUGGAUAUUGUGUGAAAAAAGAAGCAGAAUGUGGUGCAAAAGUUGUUAAAAAAUCCGGACCAAAUGAAGCAAUCGGUGUUGUUUGUCAAAUUGAUGGUAAGUUUCAAGUUGUAGAAUAUAGUGAGAUAACCGAAAAAACUGCAAAUUUGCGUGAUUCCGAGGGCAACCUUGUAUUUAGUUCCGGAAAUAUUUGCAAUCAUUUCUUUACAACUGAUUUUUUGAAUAAAAUCGCAAACAAUUUCGAGUCGCAGUUAAAACUUCACGUAGCUAAGAAGAAAAUUCCACACGUCAAUUCAGAAGGUGAAAAAAUUAGUCCCACUUCACCCAACGGAAUCAAAAUUGAGAAAUUCGUGUUCGACGUCUUUCAAUUUACAAACAAUUUUGUCACAUGGGAAGUUCCUCGCAGUAGCGAAUUCAGUGCUCUUAAAAAUGCUGAUAACAAAGAAGGCACAGCUGUCGAUUGUCCUAGUACGUCUAAGAGAGAUCUGCUGCGACUUCAUAAAAAGUAUAUCGAAAAUGCGGGCGGAAAAGUAACAAGUAACGAGGUAGAGAUAUCUCCUCUACUCUCGUACGCAGGAGAAAACUUGGAAAUCAGAGUAAAAGGAAAAGUAUUUGAUAAGACCUCUGUGAUAUAUUCCGAUGAGGAGCAGUUAAUUAUGAAUAAUAAUAACACUAUUGAUGGACCGAUUAUUUCUAACGGUAAUUCUCAUUAAUGAUAGGUAUUUAUUUAAAUAAUUAGACAAUACAAAAUAAUCCAUAUGCUUUUAAUAUUUUGCUUAUUUUACACAGAAAUAUAAAUAGGAUUGACAGGGAGUAACUUAUUUAAAACAUUAAAAAUGUCGAAUGAU